GCUUCCAAAAGCCUCUGCUAACUUCACCCAUGCGGGACUCGAAUCUUCCUGCGCCCUUGAUUUUCAACCGGUAACCAGCUCUCACCGUCUCUCCUCAAUUCCCACGCUAGUCGCGAACCGCAGACGAAACGGAAAACCGGAUCGGUAAGUACCGGGUCACUACUCCUCCACGUGUCGGAACUAAAAGCAGUUUUUACCGACGUGGGACCGUGUUGGUGACGCAAUCAGAGCCCUUGUAUUGCUGCUUCAGUGUGAGAGAGGCCGGGUGCAUAGAAAUUAGAAAUCAGAUUGACUCCUUUCAGCUUCUCUCCGGGACCAAAAUUCUAGGGUUUAAUUGUACCAGGAAUAAAGGCACCUACACUUUUAUAAGGAAUUUGAAGGAAUGCAGCAGAAGUCUGAAAAGCCAAAUCGACUGGACCCUCGUUCACAUGCCAUUCAGCCACCAGCUGUCUAUACUGAACCUUGGUGGCGUAAUAUUGGGUACAAUCCCAUCUCCCCUGCUGUGACAGGGGGGAAUGUAUCCAAUUCGUCUUCGUUGGAAUGCCCAGAUGCUGGUUCAGAUUCUAACGAUGGUCAAUCACUGUCAAAUAAUGAACCGAAUGAGGAAGGUGACGAUGCCAACAAAGAACCACAAAAUACUGCAUCUUCUCGAUCAGCAGGAAGUUAUGGACAACACCACCAAAAUAUGCAGCAUGUUGCGUCAACUGCGCCAUCUAUGCGUGAUGAAUGCCUCACACAACCUGCGCAGCUUGAACUUGUUGGCCACUCAAUUGCAUUUGCAUCAAAUCCAUAUCAGGAUCCAUAUCAUGGGGGAAUGUUAGCAGCGUAUGGGCAUCAGCCUUAUGGCUAUCCUCCUUUUCUUGGAAUGCCUCAUGCUAGAAUGCCUUUACCACUCGAGAUGGCACAAGAGCCUGUUUAUGUGAAUGCCAAACAAUACCAAGGUAUUCUGAGGCGGAGACAGGCACGUGCUAAGGCCGAGCUUGAAAAGAAGUUGAUAAAAGUUAGAAAGCCUUAUCUUCAUGAGUCUCGACACCAGCAUGCUAUGAGAAGGGCCAGGGGAAGUGGAGGACGUUUUGCAAAGAAAAGUAAUGUUGAUGCUGCGAACCAUGAAGCCAAAGAAAAGGGCACUGCUUCUGGGCCAGCUCUCUCAUCACAGUCUGCAAGUUCGUCUGGUUCUGAACCCUUGCUCACUGACUCUGCUGAAACAUGGAAUUCCUCUCAUGGGCAACAGGAAGGGAGGCGAGAUGCAUCUGAAGCUCAGAAUUAUGUAAAUGGUGGCAACCAUUACCAAAAUCAUGAGGUCUUAUCUGUCUCAUCAUAUCUGCAUACGAGUGGAAGAGGCAAGGAAGGAGACUGUUCAGGCCAACAAUGGGGAAGCAUCUCUUCUAACCAGGCCUCACAGAGGCGUCUUGCGAUACAAUGAACUCCUGUGGGGAGGGAGUUGGGUGCCAGGAUUGUGAAUUGCACCCCACCCUGAUGGAACGGGAUGAAGUCCCUGUGAAUUUGUUGACAGACAGCAUUCUGGCAAUUCAUAUGCCAGGCGGCAAAUCAUUCUUGGCUUUAAUAUUGUGCAUGUGACAUGGAUGAAGAGUGGAGAAGUUGAACGGCUUCUUAAAAGGUUUCCAGUUCUUUAUUUCAGCCUCUUCUUCCAUUUUUGCUCUUUGUACAAAGGUAGAGAUUAAUUAGCCAACUCAAAGUUUGCCUUUUAAACUCUGGGUUAAUGUACAAACCAUCUUGUUAAUUAGAUAGGAGGCUUGAUGAUC